AUGAAGCCCGAGAAAUUAACAUCGACCCCUUGUCCAAAGUUCAACCAAAUCAAGCAGUGUAUAAUGGCGACUCAACCAACCAACUCAACACCCAAUCGUCGCAUGACUUUAUACAGCUAUUUCCGGUCCUCGUGUAGCACUCGUGUACGAUUUGCACUUCACCUCAAGGGUCUCAAUCACCUUAUCACCUACAAGUAUGUUGACUGUGCUCGUGACGAGCAUCUCAAAGCGGAAUAUGAACAAAUGUCGUUAUCGAAUACAUUGCCCUGUCUUGUGAUUUACGAAUUUGAUGGAGAAGAACAUGAUAAUAUUCAAGCUGGUAUCCCUAAGUCGAGGACAACAAUAACCCAAAGCCUGGCUAUCUUGGAAUAUCUCGAGGAGUUAUUUCCGGAUACUACACCACAUUUGAUUCCUCCUCCUUCUCUUUUAGUCUCGUCAAGUGUCGAGGAAAAGAAUGUGGCAUUGCUUAAAAGGGCACAGAUCAAAAAUCUUGCCUUAGUUGUGGUAGCCGAUUGGCAGCCGCUCGCGAAUCUUUCGCCUGUUCGACACGUAACCAGCCUCGCGCUCGAAUAUGCAACCAUAACUCAUUCGGUCCCUGGCAGCGAAGAAGGGAAAACGUCGGAUGUGUCUCAAGUGAUCGACGGUUGGCUAGAAUGGAGCCAUACGCGAGGUUUAAAGGCAUAUGAGCGUUAUGCCAGAUCUACCGCAGGUCGAUACAGUGUUGGAGACGAGUUGACGCUGGCUGAUAUUGUGCUGGUUCCUGCAGUCGAGAAUUGGGUUAGAGGAGAUUGGGGGAGGAAGAUAGAGGUCUUGAAGAGGGAAUAUCCGAAUAUUUAUCGUAUAUUCGAGAACACCAGGGAAUUAGAUGCGUACAAGAAGGCACAUUGGACUGCUCAGUCGGAUAAUAAGGUGGGCUUGAAUAAUCCUGUUUUCAAUAUUGGCGGUACUGCCGUUCAAAAAUGA